CAACCACCGGCUGAUGCCAGACGUAGUAGUCACGCGAAUUUUUUUAUUCAUUGGGUUUUGAUGGAUGACAUAUUCAAAGAACCACGCUUAAAGAGCUCAAAGUUUUUUGACUACAAAUGUUCAAAUAUUUUAGGUAUACACAAAUUUUUCACCGAAGAGCCAGCAUCCAAAUGGUGCCUAGAAACUUUUGUGAACAGGCUAAUAUGUGAAGAGACGGAACUAAGUUUUGAACAAGUCCAAGAGCUUUUUUUGGCCAAUUUGGACCAAAUUAAUAACCAGCUGAACGUUUGCACUCCUAUUCGUGCAUUUUGUUCGAGUUAUAUUGAUUGGAUGCAG